AUGUCAUGCAAGGAAUGUGAGGACGAUUCAUCAAACAGUGGGCCACCGUCAUAUCCUACAACACCGCCGCCGCCACAGCCGCCAAUGUGUAGCAAGCGGGACAUCUACACCAAUACAUCAGUAUUCGAAGCUAUUGAUGAGGUGGCAAUUAGCAUGGCACAAUCCGAGGUUACGACAUUCACCGAACUGAUCAGGUCUUUGACCGAUAAUGCGCGGAACGAUAUCGAAAAAGCCAGGGCGAUUUAUCGAUGGAUAACAAUCAAAAAUUUAAAUGUGAUGCAGUUUGAUAGCCAUUUGGAUCGCAAUACGCCGAUGGGUCUGCUGCGUGGUAUUAAAUAUGGCACCGAAAGCUAUCAUGUUUUGUUCAAACGUCUUUGCAGGUGGGAUAACAUUCAGCACCAGGACUUGUCUUAG